AUAGCGCUGUGACAGUUGCUCGUGGCGCCUCAGACGGUGCGAUACAAAAACCGGCGAUUUCUUCCCAUUAAACUUCACCUGUUCGUGGCAAGCGUUUUUUGUUUUUGUGCUUUUGCAACCAGUAUUCGAGCGGAAGCAGAGAGUGGAAGUGCGAGAGUGCAUGUGUGCGGAUUGUCUUGUGUUUAUUUGAUUGCUUGCCUUUUAUUGUUUCACGCGUUGCGACGUGGUUUCUAAUACUACAAAAUAUUAUUAUUUUUAUCAAAAUCCAAAAGUGCAAAAUAUUGCGCUAGCAACGUGAUAAGAAAUUUACGAAAGAAAUUGAGCCGAUAAUUGCCUUGGACCGUGAGCUGAGUAAUAAAGAGAGAGAGAAACCGCCGCGGGGAAAACAUUUAGCUUGUCAAAUAUACUUAUCGUUCUAACACUUGAAUUUUAUUUGGCGCACACUACCGCAACAUCAUCCACAAAUGAAUCCCAUAAGCGACGAUGCAGCGCCAAUUCUACGACCGCUUGCGCCCACUUUACAGAAAAUCGCCUGCGAAGAGCUGAAUGAGGUGCCCAAUCGUGUGGCGGACGAUGUGCUGGCGCUGCGUCAAUGGAUACACAAACAACCGCAUUUGUGUGCGCGCACCAAUGAUCAGUUUCUCGUCGGCUUUCUGCGCGGCUCCAAGAAUAGUUUGGAGAAGGCGAAGCAGAAAAUCGAUCGUUACUACACAUUGAAGGCGGCCUUGCCGGAGGUGUUCAAUGAGCGACGACAGGUGGACGAUCCGCUAGUGAUGGAAAUUGUACGCCUAGGCAUCAUCUUACAGAUACCGCUGCCAGCAGACUACCAUGGCCCCUGCAUAACGAUCAUACGCGCAUGCUCGUACGACACCACCAAAUAUAAAUUCGCCGAUAUUAUACGCGUCGGUUCGAUGUUUGGCGAAAUUAUGACAAUCGAGGAUGACAAUUCCACAGUUAGCGGCUAUAUUGAGAUUAUGGAUAUGUGUAAUGUGAGUGGCCAGCAUUUUCUACAAUUGAAACCGGAUUUGCUGCGCAAGUUCUCCACGUUCGCUGAGGAGGCAAUGCCAAUGCGUCAACGGGGCACACAUUUUAUUAAUGUACCGUCGGCGUUCGAGAAGGGCUUCCGGACACUAAGCACUUUCUUUCCGGAGAAAAUGCUCAGUCGGAUUUCAGUCAACUCCAAUCCCGAAGCGUUGUUCGACUUCGUGCCACGCGAACAUUUGCCGCAGGAGUAUGGCGGUGAGAAUGGCACCAUAGCCGAUAUUGUGGAGCGCAUGGAAGCGAAAUUGUUGCGUUAUCGCGACUACUUUUUGCUGGAACCGGAAUUCGGCACUAAUGAGAAGUUGCGCGAGGGCGCGCUCUAUAAUUAUGAGAACAUUUUCGGGCUGGAGGGUUCAUUCCGUAAAUUAGAAGUCGAUUAGCCACAAGCUACUUUUAUUCUUUUUUGUAGCUUUCCUUUGAUAUUUGCUGUUUUUACCUACUUAAAAAAUAUAAAUUUAUAAUUCGUAGCGUUUAUGAUGGAUAUUUACAGUGAUUGUCUGUAUAAGUUAUUGAUAUUUAAGUGAAUUAAAGUAACAAUCGUAUCAAGAUAAAAAAAUGUAGAGCAGAAUUGAUCGACAAAUUUAAUAAA